ACUGGUUCUCGUAUUAUUUGUCUUUCAAUCAAAUCUUGGUUCACCACAUCUCCAUCUCUCUUUCUUUUCCUUUCCCUUUCCCUUUUCCCUUUGCAUUUCAAGAUCGGUAUUGAUACCUUUUUAAUCAUACACUUUCAUCACCAAUCACCUUUACCAAUUUGGCUUCAAUCAUGUCUGUUCUUGCUCUUCCUAUGCUCAUCAUCUUUGCCAUGGCUGGCUCUUCAAGUGCAUCUUACUGUGUGUGCAACACUGGAGUGAGUGAUUCAGUUCUUCAAAAGAACAUAGAUUAUGCUUGUGGAGCUGGAGCUGAUUGUGGUCAGAUCAAUCAAAAUGGUCCAUGUUUUAACCCUAAUACUGUCAAAGACCAUUGCAACUAUGCUGUUAACAGCUAUUUCCAGAAGAAAGGCCAAACUCCAAUAAACUGUGUCUUCUCAGGCACAGCCACUGUGGUCACAUCACCUCCAUCUGGGGCAUCUUCUGCUUGCUUUUCUGGAACUGCAAGUGGUACUUCAACUCCAACAAACCCAACCAUCGCGCCACCAGGUUCAACCGGAACCGGGACUAGUACCGGAACUGGAACGGGCACCAGCACCGGUACAGGGACCGGGAUCAAUACGAACCCAUCGUUUGGUGGACUUGCUCCUUCAGGAACAACGGGAAUCAACGAUAGCUCGGGUGCACACCAGAUCACAAGCGGGUUCAUGGUACUAACCAUUUUGGUUUCAGGCUUGAUAUGGUCGAGGGUGAUCUAAGGUUUUAUAUAUCUACGGACGACAUUUGGCCACGUUUUAGGUUGUAAUCUGAAUUGCGACCUAUUGGUUGUAUUUUAUCAAUUUCAUAGUAGUAGUAGAUUCAGCCUGUUGUAUAUCUAAGAGCCAACUACUUUUCUAUCAGCUUUAUCUCUGUUUGAAUGCUUGGUACUUGUAGUUAUGCAAUGGUGUACAACAUUUAAUGCAUGCAUUUACGUUCUUAAAUGUUACAAAAUCAGUAGUUUACUGGGUAAA